AUGUACAGUAUGUAGCCACAUGACAUCGCGAAUCGCAGAUGGGGAUUCCCCGACGACUGUAUUAUCACAGCCGAAACACAAUUCUCCAUGUUUGUGUGCCGCCAUAUAAAAUAAAUGGGCCAGGCUAUUUCGAGUGAUUAGAAAGCGCGCUGUACAUAAUCCUUCAAUAUUCCUGUUUUUACAAUAUUUAUACGUUCGGAAUUAUAUUGGAUCACUGGAGUUUGAAUUACACCAAAAUCUGCUCCUCAGUAUAGACGGGGAAUAGAAAUGAUGAUGCUGAAGUGGACACUGAUUGUGGGUGUAUAUUCCCUCUCAUUGAUAACGAGCGCAGAAUCUGCCCUUGUAGUUACCACGAACCUAACCGCAACAGCUUACAAGGGCAGAAGUAUAACCCUCCCCUGCCGGUUCGAGGGUGAACCGACAGCCGUCUACUGGUACAAGCAUAACCGGACUGCACCCGACGCUGAACCCAAAGUUCCCGUGCAGUUCUUUCAAGGAAAGGUGUUCAAUGAAGAGGAACCGCGGUUCAACAUGACCGCAGAUUAUUCGAUGGUUAUAUCGGAUAUCCGGAUCGAAGAUGAAGAGAUGUAUUCAUGCAAACCGGUUUUAGAAGACGAUUCGACAGGAGAAAGUUUCACAAAUCUAACUGUCAUAGCCUUAGCAGACCCCCUCGAGCCAGUCGUCCCGGACUGCAAGCCAACCGAGCCCGGUAAGUGCGUAUAUGAAGUAGUAGGAGUAGUCACGGAAAGUUUUGAGCUCAGAUGCCGAGUCGACGAGGUGAAACCUGCCGUUACACUAUCAUGGACGGCUCAGGAUGGGACGGAGAGACCAUCGGAAGAAACUCCUUCAGGCCCCGAUGAAAAUGGACUUUUUAGUGUUGUUUCAGUGUUUACGGUAUUUCGAGGCGAGAUAGGGGAGACCUUUGUUUGUAAAGCCACUGGUGAUAGUGUAAACGGAACAUCAACAUUAUUGGUAACAGUAAAGUAUCCUGAAAAAAAAGGCCUCUCUGGUGGAGCGAAAGCGGGAAUUGCAGUAUUUCUAAUUUUCCUCAUAGUCAUCGUCGCAGUUGUUGCAAUCGUCUAUAUAAUGUGGAAAAAACGGAAGAAUCAGAAGCCGGAGAACUACCCAGACCAGAUGCAGCUCUUAGCCCCAUUUCAGGGGGACUUCAACGAACUGGCCGAGAAACUACGGGAUUACAAACCCGGAUCAUUUUCCAACUUGGAGAAAAAAGAAGACCGAAGUUGGCCGAAGGUGACCCGAUUAGGAGUAUUCGGGGUGACGCAUGCCGGGAAGUCAUCUCUUGUGAGAUCUCUCACCUAUUCUCUGAAAGGAGAUUUCAUCGCGGUGGAGGUAGCCCAGUCCCACUCCAUAGGAGGAGUCACCGUAAUCCCAAAGACGUUUGCAAUCACUGAUCAUAUAUCUGUGGUUGAUAACAGAGGGUUGAAAGAUCUCGAUGUUUCAUGCAUUACUGACAUCAUGGACCAAAUGCAAGGAAAAUGUAAACUCUUGGAUGGAACAGUCGAUUUUCCGAUCCUGGUGUUUGACGCAAGGCAACCCGUCAAUGCACUGGAAAAGUUUCUACCAGACUUUGUGAAGGCGACUCGUAAGGAAUUUGGUUCUCACCCAGCAAUUGUGUUCACCCAUGCACGCAACGUUGGCGACCGACAGGACACCAUCAAAGCCCAGGCCACCGGCAUGGGUGCCUUGGACCAGAAGAUUUACUUCGUCGAAAACUUCACGGAGGACCCUACCGAACCUUGCUUCGAACGGCGUUUGGAGUUCCUGCGCAUGCUGAAGACAAUGCUGCAGUGUGCUGAUGAGAAUCUCGUGAUAAGAGACAAUAAGAAGGCCAAAGGCAAUGGCGCGUCUAACGUCGUGGAGAUGGACUCGGAUGACGCUCCUAGACAAAAGGGGUUCUUGGGUUUCUUCAAGAAGAAAUAAGUGCAAAGUCUCGUACACAGUGCGUUUAUCCGCAGACCUGAACAGUCUCCUAUGAUGACAUGCCUGGAGAAAAGAAAUGUCGUUUUCGAAAGAGUGCAAAUUAUCCUCUUUAUAAAGGGGAGCUAAGGAUCCUCUAAGGGGGCACUCAGAUGUCGAGAUAACGAUCUUGGGAAGUUGACAUCGUAUUAGCGAACGAACAGAAAACGAGAUCUUGGAUCGCUUCAUGUUUACGUCCCUUCUAAGAGAUGAUAAUGUGAUGAGAUGUCUACAUCCUUUCAAGGGCGUAGGCUGGGGUAGUCUGGGUGCACGUGCACCCUCCCGCUAAGGCCGAGGAGUUCCGACACUGGCAAACAAAACGAAAUUUUUACCCUUUCUUAUGCUUUCAGCAACUGAUUUUCCAAACUUUAGUUCCACCUCCCCAAGAUGUGCACCUCCAUACCACUUUAGUUCCUCCUCCCCAGGAUGUACAACUCCCCAUGCUCAAACUAGCCUACGCCCUUGCCUUUAGAAAAGAUGCAUGACUGUACUAUUUAUUUAUUUUUUUAUCUGAAGGGGAAGAUACGCAUUAACAUUUUCUGAAAGUUCGAGGGAGCGAGGGGCGCUUUGCAUUUUUUAUAGUGAAACUAAAAUUUGGUGAACGAAAUUAUGUUUUCACAAAAAUUGUUGCGGGCAACUGCCCCUGUGCUGAGUACGGCCAUGAAGAAAUAAUUAGAUUAUGAAACCUUGGAUGUCAUAGAUGUCAUGUAUAUUUACAUAAAUUGAAAUUGAAUUAUUAUCGAUUUGAUUAUUAUUUAUAGGUUUUUCUUAUGAUUUCCAUUGAUAACAAUUUUUAUUAUAUUCAUCAUUAUUGUUAGUCAACUAGUUAUCAAAUGCCUAUAUUGAUUCAUUAUUCCAUUGUUAUUUUAAACCAAUAUUAACAUUUAGUAACGCAGAUAUGAUAAAAAUGUAGUUUUAGCCUAAAUAGGGCUAUAGGUCCCCCAUUCAUGUAUAGAAAAAGAUUUUCGAUAGACGAAUGAAAUUUUAUCGUAUGUUAUUUGAAUGACCACAAAUAUAUUUUGUCUUUCUAUGAAUUAUCAUGUUGAAAAAUGUAUAUCAAGGCUCGCUAAUACUAAGAGUUCAAAUGGACUGCACGAAACGCGCAUGCAAAAAUGAUCUUAAUUGGGCAUUUUUAGCGGCCGAAUAUUAACCUUGGUGUUGUAUGCCUAACCGAUGAACAUGUUGAAUGGAUAAUUGUGUAUAUUAUGGUUAUCAUGUACAGGGCCUACGUGUGAGGGCGUAGGAUGCGUGUGUAAGUGUGUGUGUGGUAUUAUCAAAUAACUAGGUGUCGGUGUGGGUAUGGGUGGGGUAGCUUCAAGAAGGCUUUCUAGGCACUUGUUCACGAUUUCCAGUAUCCCUUUUCUGUAUAUUUUAUAUCUGUUUAAAUCGACACCUUUUAACCACUCUUCUUACAAAUUACAUGUAAAUGAUUGCAUAUCAAAGUGCUACACAUAAGAUUGCAUCUGAAUUUUCAGCCCGUUCUAUGCAUGCUAGAGAUUUUUAUUAAAGGACAAGUCCACCCCAGCAAAAAGUUGAUCUG